GUGAUCAGAAAUGUGUAAUCGACAACCAUGAGGUGGAAAUUCUUCAUGGCCCUCUCACGGAGGGUGAGCCUUCGUAUGCUGAGAACUGCUGCCAGCAAAUGCGCCCAGCGAGCAUUGGAAGCUUGUCCAGUGCCGAGAUGUGUUCGGCCAAGCUGGUGGAGAGGAACCGCACAGUCAGUAUGUCCAGCAGACCGGGGCCCGAGUGGUCGUCCGAAACCCUCUCCGUCCUUCUGAGCCCACGGCUGCUCGGAUUCCUGCCAGAGUACGCCUCCAUCCUGGGAGCUGUUGCCGGAGCGCACUUUGUCCGUGCAGUUGCUCCUGCUUAUGGCAUCCCUGUGAUCGUGCACUCCGACCACUGCGCCAAGAAGCUGUUGCCUUGGUUCGAUGGCAUGCUCGAAGCCGACGAAGCAUUCUUCAAGCAGCAUGGCGAGCCCCUCUUCUCUUCGCACAUGUUGGACCUGUCCGAAGAGCCCGACGAGGAGAACAUUGCCAUCUGCGCAAAGUACUUGACCCGCAUGGCCCCCAUGAAGCAGAUCUUGGAGAUGGAGAUUGGAAUCACCGGCGGCGUGGAAGAUGGCGUGGACAACAGCGGAGCCGCCAAGGAGAAGCUCUACUCCACUCCUGCGGAUGUGUUCGCUGUCUACAAGGCCCUCAAUCCUAUCUCCCCGAUGUUCACCAUCGCUGCGGCUUUCGGCAACGUCCAUGGCGUUUACAAGGCCGGAAACGUCGUGCUGAAGCCCGAGCUGCUAGAGGAGAUGCAGGUUUACGCACGUGAGCAGAUCAAGUCCACGACCGGACAGGACAUUGAGCGGCCUUUGAACUUUGUCUUCCACGGGGGCUCUGGAUCUGAGAAGCAUCACAUCACCACCGCACUGAAUGCGGGAGUUGUGAAGAUGAACGUGGACACCGACACGCAGUGGGCAUACUGGGAGGGCCUUCUCAAGUUCUACAAGGCGAAGGAAGGUUACCUGCAGGGCCAGAUCGGCAACCCGGAAGGUGAGGACAAGCCAAACAAGAGCUUCUACGACCCGCGCAAGUGGAUCCGUGAAUGCGAGAAUUCCAUGGUGAAGCGAGUGAAGGAGAGCUGCGCAGACUUGGCGAACACGAACUGA